AUGUCAUCUUUCGAUCCAGAAACUUCAGCAUUACCAACAAUGAAUUUGCUUUCUACAGAAGAACAUAUUCUGACACAACUAACUAAGGAUAUGGACAAUAUCAAGUUAAGAAAAUUCUUCGACAUUGAUUCGACAAUAUUAUGGAUUAAUAAUAACGGUUAUCGUCGAGUUGCCUUGCAGUUCCCCGAUUAUUUUCUUUCUGUAUCUGCUGUUAUCGCUACUCUUUUAGAGAAUAACUGCAACGGUGAUGUAAAAACAUAUGUUUUAGCCGAUACAACAUAUCAAAGCUGUUGUGUUGAUUUGAUAGCAGCAGAGCAGUGCGGUGCUGACUGCAUCGUUCAUUACGGAGAUUCAUGUAUGAGUGAGACCAUUAAUAGCAUUCCCACUAGAUUUGUUUUCGGUGAUGUGAAUAUCGAAUGGGAAAAGUUGGAAGAAGCUGUGCAUAAAUGUAAAGACAAAUUUGAACCGAACUGUUGUCUUUUGUUCGAUACAAUUUAUGCAAGCAGCUCAGAUAUUUUGUUCGAUUUGUUAAGCAAGUUCUCCGGUAUGGGAUCAUUAUUCAACUGCAAACUGGUCGAUCGAUCCAAUAAUCUCAAACAUGGUCAACCUUCUACUUCCAAUAUGGAUUGUUGCUUAGGACGUGUGUUACCGAAUGGAAAACAGAACAUGACACUGUUGUUUAUUGGCGAAGCAAGCAGUCCAAUUUUGCCUCUUUGGCUGAUGACCAAUUUAAACUGCACGAGUGUUUUUACUUUUUCUCCCAUUACGCUGAAAUACUCAUUUGAGAGAACUCCAGCCACUCGGCUUUUAAGAAAACGACUAUUUCUGAUCGAAAAAUUGCGAGACGCUCAAACUGUUGGUCUUGUACUCAAUGCAUCAAAUCUGAUUGGAUAUGGAGAAGUUCUGGAACGAACCAGAAAACUAUGCAAAGUUGCAGGGAAAAAGAGCUAUACUCUAGCAAUUGGCAAGAUCAAUGAGCCAAAACUUUCCAAUUUUGCCAAUGAUAUUGAAGCAUUUAUUGUUCUAUCUUGCCCAUAUGGCAUCAUAUUGGACGUCUCCGAUUUUUAUCGUCCAGUUUUAAGUCUUUUCGAAGCAGAAUCUGCGUUGAAUCCACAUUGUAAAUGGUUAGCGGGUGAUGGAUGGACGGCAGAAUUCAGAAACUUUCUCCAUGAUGAAAUGAGCAAUGAAACUGAGAUCAAGCCGGAUUUGAGUUUAAUCACUGGUAAAAUGCGCGCUAUGGGUAUCGAAGAUAAUGGUGAUAUAAAUUCAUGUAAUGCUCUAUCUGCUUAUAUAGCUGGUGAUUACUUUUCGCAAAGAACAUGGAAAGGACUUGAUGACAGAUAUGGUAGUGAAAGUGUCACUGUGCAAGAGGGCCGAUCAGGUGUUGCUUCAAAAUACAACUCUGAACCAUUUAUGUGA